AUGUUUGUGUUCCGUGUCCUAAACACGGUUCCAUAUACAAAUCGCGCUGGCGCGAAAGACCUAGUCGCAAGCAUCCACUCAUUCUUCACCUCAAACAUCCUCGUCGGCCUAGCUGUUCUAAUAUCAUGGAAACAAUUCGGUGGAACACCAAUCGAAUGUAUGGUUCCACUAGAUUUCACCAACGCAUGGGUUCAAUAUUCGAAUAAUUAUUGUUGGGCUCAACCAACAUAUUUCAUCCCAUUCACAGCUCCAUUAGUCGAAGAAAUAACACCAGCUGAUGUUGUUGUCGAUGGAAUGGCAAGAGGAAAUGGUGAACCAAGAAUUGUGAAGAAAGGCGGCGAAAAAGUUUCGUAUUAUCAAUGGAUGUCAUUUUUCUUGCUUUUUGAAGCUGCUUGUUUUCGACUUCCAUGUUUUAUUUGGAAAUAUUUUGCGAGUCAAAGUGGAAUGCAAGUUGGAGAAAUUCUUCGAGUUUCGAGCGAUGAAAAUAAUGCAGUUCCACUUGUCAAAAAAGCCAAUAUCACUGCUUUAUGUAUUCAUUUGAAAGGUGUUCUUCGAUUUCAAAAACGCUUGAAGCUUGUGAGUAAUUGAAAUGGAAUUCACCUCAAAAAAUUAAUUAUCUCAAAAAAAAUUCCAGAAAAACAUAGUUCCUCACAAAUUCCUGCGAUUUUUGAACAUCAAAUAUUCCGCCUAUUACGUCACUUUCAUUUAUUUUGUGGCGAAACUCGCAUUUUUGGGAAACGUCAUUUUGCAAUCCAAACUUCUCACUCACUAUAUGUUGCCAACUGAAAAACAGUCGAGAUUCGGGUUUGAUAUGUGGAAGAAUAUAUUUUGGGGAAAUGGGGGAAAUGAAACGUGGCGGGAGAAUGGCGUUUUUCCAAGGGUUACUUUGUGCGAUUUUCAGGUGAGGGUUGGAAAUGAAAUGAAAUUUUUGGGAAAAAAUCAUUUCAAAAAAUCAAGAAAUUUUGAAAUGGCAGCCUAAAAAGAAUAUUGUUAUGACGUGGCAAAGUUGA